AUGUUCGUAGAACAUUCAUUUAUAUAUAAAUUAUCACUUUAUAUUAUUUUAUCGUUUAAUAAAUUAAUUUAUUUAUUUACUGUAAUGUUGUAUAAAAAAAAAACUACAAAAUUUUCUAUCCAUCAUAAAGAAUUGUCGAACAUUAUGGUUACAGAUGAUUUUCUUAUCACCGACCUAGAUUUUUUAGAAAAUAGAUCUACUGUUGAUUUACCUGAAAUUGAUACUGAAUUUGAGCCUGGUGCUUUAUAUGAUGCAAAAAGAUACUAUUCAUCUGAUGAAUUAGAUAAAUUAAGUUUAUGUCUAAGUGAGGCAUCAUCAGAACAAGAAACUAAAAAAAAAGCAACUUUAUGUAGUGAUAUUAUUCAAGCACAAUUAGCAUUAUGGACACUAGUUUUUAGUAUUUUUUAUUCAUAUGCUUGGCAACAACAUCGAAAAAAAUUUUUAAUGACAAUUAUUUUUGUUGUUCCUACUGUUAUCUUUGUUUGUUGUGGAAUAUCAAUUCUUUUGACAAAUAUUAUCAUUCUAGGAAGAAUGUUUACAAAUACAUUAUCAUUUGAAGAUAUUCUUAAUAAUAAAAGAACUUUUAUGACAGAAGAUAAUAAUAAAGAUGUUAAAAGAAAACGUACAUUAUCAGUUGAUUCAUGGAAUUCAUCAAUAAGUAAUUAUUCAAUGGCAAAUAAUGAAAUAGAUUCUUUACCUACACCAUCAUGUAUGAAGCAUUCUUCAUCAUUGUUAAAUAAUUAUAUUAAUGGUUAUAAUUUUACUGAAAAUAAUUCAUCUUCCUAUUAUACUGGAAAUGGUACAAUUUCAAGGAAAUUAAGUUAUACAACAGCUCAUUAUACAUGUGAUGAUGAUUCUAAUGAAAAUAUUGAAGAAAAUUAA